AUGGUGGCAACGCGUGCAUGGAUCGCCGCACGGGGCAUCGGCUUGCAAGCCGCGCCCCGUGCUGCGCUGCGCGCACGGAUGGCGCCAAUUCCAAUGCGCCGCAUUGAGCCGGUGCGUGUGCAGGCGCGCCACGCUAGCACUGCGCGGCCGCUCGGCACUGUGUCGGUCAAGGCCGGCGUCCUAUUUGCGGGUCUCACGGCUCUUGCGUUCGGCCUGACGGUGUACGGCGUGUGGGAGUAUCUUGCCGCGUUCCGUGUGUGGCCCAAGGAGCUGCGUGAGCCGCUGCGUGCGGCCCUCAAGGCCAAGAACCGCGGAAACCUCGCGCGGAGCGCCAAAAAGUUCCGCGAAGCGCUCGACAUUGCCCGCUCCCUCGAGCCGCGCGUGCUCGGCGCGGAUCCCGUGCUGAAGAUUUCCGGUAUUGCGAUUGCGCUUUCCGAUGUGCUGGAGCAGGACAACAAGUUCCAGGACGCGGCGCUUGUCUACCUCGAUGCGCUGGACGAGGUCCUGGGCCGUGGCGCGUACGCAGCGGAUGCUGCGCCCCCCCGCACCGCGCUCGAACGCAUGCGUGCGGUUGGGCUCGCGCAAAAGAUUGGUGAUCUCGCCGAGCACAAUGGGGCGGUCGUGCCUGCGUUUGACGACGGCGUCGGCCGCAAGACGAAUGACCCUGCUGAAGGCUACCUGUCGUGGAGCGUCGACGAGCUCCUGCGCCUGCUGCGCAGCGAGCGUGCGCAAGGUGAGGAGCCUACUCUGCUCUCUGAGCUGCACCUCCCUCCGUGGGUCGCCAAGCAGGACAUUGGCGCAAGUGUCGAGGCGCUCGGUGCGUUCUAUGCGGCGCGUGGCGUCGCCGAGUACGCCGUGCCGCUCUACCUGCAGGCCAUCUCGAUUCUGCUGCCGGCUGCCGGUACGGGCCAGAAGAGUGCGCCGCCGACCGUCGCCGAGCGGUGCCGUGCGGCGAUCCUCAUGAACAAUAUCAGCCAGGUGCUUGCGCAAGGCAAGCGUCCUGCGCUGCCCGAAGGCGCGCCUGCGCCGAGCGCCUCGCCCCUCGACCAGGCGUCUGCGUGGGCGACCAAGGGUCUGGACCUCGCGACGAUCACGUCGUACCGCGCCGGUUUCCUCUCGAGCCUGCCGGACGACGAGCAGGAGUGGCUGCUGCGUUUCAGCGGUUUCGACCCUGCCAAGGUCGGCCUCGCGCCAGUGGUCGAGGCGCAAAACACAGAGCGCUUCGACCAGGUGAAGAACCAGUGCCUCGGCACGCAGUUUGUGCUUCUGUACAACCUCGCGAUGUACCACGAGAUGCGGAGCGACCAGGACACGGCACGGACGCUCUUCCGCCGUGCGAUGCGCCAUGCCGACCGCCUCGGGCUGCGCGAGGCGCGGGCGCAGUGUGCGCGUUCGCUCGCUCGUAUGGACCGCAAGUAG